AUGUUGGUACUAGGUCACCGAAGAGGAGAGGCCAGGGUUCAAUUCCUCGUUGCGGUACCUAAGGAAGCCAUGAAGAAGUUCAUUGAAGCAGCCAGGGAUGAUGCCGCUAACAUUCAGGAAGAAGUUUUGUUGAAUAAACGCGGAAGAUUCUACUGGCUCGAGAUGUGCUCCAGAAUUUUCCUGUGCAGUCCUUGUAAUCAGACUAAUACUUUAGGCGAAGCCCUGGCUAUGCGGGAUCUCAAAGACUAUCUGGAGGCGACAGACCCUGGUAACGACUUCCCUCGUGUUUUGGAUCAGAUUUGCCGUGACAGCGUCGGUCGGUCAGUGCGGGAGUUGGGAAGGGCACUGACUAAUGUAAGUGGCUACGUUAGUGAGGCUUUAGAGCAUAGGGAGCCACUGGAAGUCAUAGACUGCAGGCGCUUAACACCUGCGGAGCUGGCGGACGCGCGCGAUAGUCUACCGAAAGAGUGGCUGCCGCUGUUGGCAGAACGAACCGGGCUGACUCGGAAUCGGUGUUACCUGGCUGCUUCUGCUUUUACAGCAGGUGCCAUUGUGGCUGCGGGGGUGAUAUACGGCCUGUUCCAUUCCCGUAAUUCACCUGCCGCCAAUAGGACACUCAAUACGAGCACCUUAACUGCCACCAGCGAGAAUAUCACCGCUGGCGGUUCGACCCUCUCGGACUUCGCAUCCACAGCCGCCGCGAACACGGUGGAGCUUAUGUUCGAGACCGGUUCAACGGCACAGUAUGGCUCACCGAACAUGACAGGCACUCCCACUGAUCUUCACGCGAUCGUCACUACCACCGGCCCGAACACCAUCGUGACCAGUUUAAAUUCUCGGACUUUCCAUCCACAGCCGCCGCGAACACGGUGA